UUAAUAUCUACAUAUAUUUCCUUAUAGGCAUGGCUCCACAAAAUGGAGAAAAACCAAGCUCAGCACCAGCACCAUGCACCAAGAUCAACCGGGUUCUCCUGCUGCUGAGGCUGCUUGCAUUCUCGGCCACGGCAGCCGCAACAAUCGUCAUGGCCCUCAACAAACAGACCAAGACCUUCGUGGUUGCCACCAUCGGAACCACCUCAAUAAAAGCGACUCUCACGGCGAAGUUUAACGACACCCCAGCAAACGUGUUCUUUGUGGUGGCUAAUGGACUUGGCAGUCUCCACAACUUGCUAAUGAUAUUGCUGGACAUUUUUGGAAGGAAGUUGGAUUACAAAGGCUUCCGCCUUCCUGGAAUUGCCAUUUUAGAUGUGCUGAAUGUGGUGUUGGUAUCGGCGGGGGUAAAUGCGGCGGCAUUCAUGGCAGACCUGGCAAAGCAUGGGAAUUCUCAUGCAAGGUGGGAUAAGAUUUGUGACAGAUUUGGAAAGUUCUGCGACCAUGGCGGCGGCGCCCUCAUCUCCUCCUUCAUUGGUCUAUUUCUGAUGCUGCUUAUCUGUGCCAUUUCGAUCAUCAAACUUCUAAAGCCCAAUGCCACCACCAGUCACAUAAAUAUUUCUUUCCCUUAACCAUCAUGUAACUAGUGCUUUGCGUUUUUUUUCUCCUUGGUGUGGUUUGUCAUCUCUAGUGCUUUAGGUGAUUGUGGAAAUUACCCGUUGCUCUUUUCUGUUUUCGUGGAGUUUCCUUGUGAAAUUAAAGCAUGUAAUGUUUGUUACAUCUGAUCACCUACUUAGGAUGUGACUCUGUUUUUCUGUUGGAUAAAUUAAUGACGUUUUG